AUGGCUGAGGUCCAGGCUCGAUCCCAGGCACCAUCCUCUCGCGGAAGAGGUGGUGGCCGAGGUGGCAGAGGAGGGUUUGCUAGCCGUGGCCCCGCGAACAGACGCACAAAUGGCGACAAGUUCAGUUCAUUAGACGCGACCAGCUUAGAUGACGACGGUGAUGUUAGCCAACUGAGAAAGCAGUAUGGUUUGAAGCUGGACACUAUCAAGGAACUCUUCCCGACUUGGUCCGACGCUGAUAUCCUUUACGCUCUCAAAGAGACGGAUGGUGACGUUGAAGUCGCUGCUACUCGAAUCGCAGAUGGUACCAUUUCUCAAUGGGGCGAAGUAUCGAAGCCGAAGAAGACCACCGCUCGUCCUAAGGCUAAGGAGCCUCUUACCGUCACCGAUUCCGGUAACAGCAGACCUGUUCGUGGCGGUCGCUCUGAUUUCCGAGGUGGACGUGCUCGCGGCAGUGAGAGAGGUAGAGGCAGUGGCAGAGGUCGAGCUACCAUUCACCCUCCUACAAACGGUCACCAAUCCAAGGACAACCAGCAACUUUCUGUCCCGACUGAAGAAUCCGCCGAUUGGAAGACUGGUGCUGCGAAUGACGAUGCUACUCCUUCUGCCUGGGGAGCAACUGAAUCAACCACCGAAACUACCACGACACCUACUGCUACGACUACUACCACCGCAUCUACUACUGAAUCUGCCCCCUCGAAGCCUACCGUCAUCCCACAGAAUACUCAGAAGACCUGGGCUAGUAUGCUUCGUCAGUCGACCGCACCGAAACCAGUCCCGAAGCCGAAAGAAGUCCCCGCCCCUAAGCCCGCCGAACCCCUUGAGCCCCUUCCCCCGGCUGAACCUGCCGUCGCUGAACCCGAGCCUCAGCCUGCCGUCGAGGAACCGGUUAAGGAAACCAUCGAGCAACCUCCCGCUGCGGAGCCGCCCAAGGUUAUUGAGCCUGAAGCGGCACUACCCCCUCCUGAAGAUGAUCUGACUCGAGUUAAUCUUGAACAACUGCCCGACGCGUCGAACCCUCCAGCGACUAACACAGCUGCGAGCACUACGGCGGACUCGUGGGACCCAAGACAACCUCAGCCAAGUGCAUCGGUCACUCCACUUUCAGCUUCGCAAGCCCAGCACCAGACUCCACGACCUGCUGCCAGUGGUUACGCAACGACGGCGAUCAAGGCGACAGAACGUCCUGCUCCGCGUAUGCCCAGCUACCAGAAGCGUCUUCUGGAGCAAGAAGAAGCUGUUCGCAUGCCCGGAAACCGCGAGGUUGAUCGGGCUGCUGUUCAAUUUGGCGCAUUCAGUCUAAAUGGUGGCGAAGAGGAUAUCGACGGCGACCGUGAGGAUCCCGAAACUAGAACUCAGCCGCCUCCCGAAUCGCCUAUCGCCGUUCCUCGUGCCUCGUUGCCUCCGGUAUCCCAGCCGGCUGCAGUGCCCGAAGCAUUCCCGCCUGCCCAGAAGCCGGCCGCCUCACUUCCUCCGGCACCUGGCACAGCUGGUACAACACCCUAUGAAUUCUUCUAUAUGAUGAACCAGUACACUAAUUACCCUCUAGCAACACCCGUAGCUCCUCCGACCGGUCCCGCUGCUACCACGGCUCAACGUAUGUCGCAGUAUCCACAGUACCCCCAGAUCAAGCAUUCAACUAAUCCUCAUGUAGCGCCUCAAGCGCCUGCCAACAGCCAACAAUUCGGACGCUUUGGUCAAACUAACGUGCAGGAACCGGCUGGGUUCCCCCAGAAGCCGUACGACACGUUCGGCCAACAGACAGCUACUACCUCGGCUGGUCUCGACAGCUUCCCUACGCCCACUACGCAAACAGCAGGACCCCCGACCACCGGCGCAUUCAGUUCCGCGCCGAGUGACUACUCGUCGUACUAUACUGCUGACCCCCAGGGCCGAAACUCGUACAAUAACUACUACGGCCAACAGUAUGGACAGCAGCACGGUGGCCAGAACCACCACGAAACCUCGAACGCACCGAACCGCGGAUUUGGUGGCUAUAAUGCUGGCCAGAACGAUAAUCUGAGCCAAUACCCUCAAAGCGGUGCUCAGCCGACCAGAUACGGCGCUGCUGCUGCCGCCGCGGAGUCUCAUAACAGCGGCCACAACACCCCGAAUCCUAUUGGGCAAGCAGGUCAGCAGGCUGCUGGCCAAACUAACCAGCCCCAGUCGAAUCUCCACCAACAGCCGCACACUAACCAGUACCCGUAUUCUCAUCCCUAUUACUCCAGUCCUUAUUAUGCUCAAUAUAUGAGCCAGUAUGGUGGCGGCUAUGGGCAAGGUGGCUACGGCGGUGGCCCCUAUGGUAAGGGUGGACUCUAUGGACAACCUCAUCAGUACGGCAUGUCCCCACAGGGUCCUUACGAUCACGCUUCGUCUCCUGCGACUAGCGGCUUUGGCCAAUCAACUCUCGGAGCUCGUGAGACUGGUCUAGCUUCUAGCAUCGACAACUACGGUCGCGCAGGCUCUGCUCAGUCAGUAGCGCCUGGCAGCCUUGGUACAAGUGGAUUUGGCGGAAUGCAUGACACGUUCGGGCGUGGCUCGGCCUACCCUUCUCAGGCUGGGCAAUCUUUCAACUCACCCAACGCGCCAGCAUCGAGCACCACAGCUGGCAACGACGACCUAAAGCCAUACGGUGACACGAAAGCCGCCGGCGGCCCAAGCCCUUCCCUCGCAGCUGCCGCACGGCCGGGAUCAGCUACAAACACCGCGCCCGCAGGAUCUGGUCUUCCCCCUCCUCAAUCGGCUCAGCAGGGCAUGGGCGGCUACGGCGGAUAUCCUAGUCACCUGAGCCAUGGCCUCCACGGGAACCAAUCUGCGGGUAGCUAUGGAAUCGGUGGUACCGCUGGACAGGGCCACGGUAAUGGGCCUUACGGGGGCUACGGAGGCAACCAAGCCUUCGGGAAUUACUAUGGCCGUCAACAACAGGGUGGUUGGGGCGGCAACUACCAUUAG